AUGGCGCCCGCCGUCACUCGUUCCCUCACCCUCGUCGCUCUUUGCCUCCUCUCGCUCCACACCGCCCUCGCCUCGUCGCCCUCGGCCCCGACGUUCGACCUCGCCGCCCUCGACAGCGAGGGCCUCGGCCUCUUUGCGCGCACCGUCGACGGCAACCUCGCCAAGGGCUGGCACGCCCACUCGCUGUACGGCAAGCGUGCGUCGCACUCGGGCCUCGACAAGCGCACGGUCGGCAAGGCGUGGUCCGGCAAGUCCAAGUUCGCCUCGGCCGGCUCGACGGGCGUCGCGGCGAUGCAGGUCACGGUCGUCGACGAUGACCACAUCCUCAUCUACGACAAAGCAGAAAACAACGCUCUCAAGGACGCGUCGGGCGCUUCGGCAUGGGCCUCCCUGUACACGAUCUCGACCAAAAAGGUCCGCGCGCUCAACGUGGUCACGAACGCGUUCUGCGCGGGUGGGGGUUGGAUCGGCAACGGCACGCUCGUCAGCGUCGGCGGCAACCCGCAGCAGACGUACAUCAACGACAAGGCCGAGGACGGGCUCGCCGCGCUCCGCCUGUUCACGCCCUGCGCCGACGAGCGCUGCGACGUGUACGAGAACCCGGCCCGCAUCCGCCUCACGUCGCCUCGUUGGUACCCGAGCACCGUCCGGCUCGUCGACGGCAGCCUCAUGAUCGCUGGAGGGAUGGUGGUCAGGGGCUUCUCGAACCAGGACGCGACCGACAACCCGACGUUCGAGUUCUUCCCGCCCAAAGGCGACGGCCUGCCCGUCUACUCGUCGUUCCUCCACGACGCCCUCAAGUCGAACCUGUUCCCGGUCAUGUACACGCUCCCGUCGGGCUACGUCUUUAUCGCCGCCAACAAGAUGGCCAUGCUGUACGACGCCAAGAAGAACAUCGAGCGUCGCCUCAAGCCUCUGCCCAAUGGCGUCACGAUCACGUACCCGGGCAGCUCGGCGAGCGUCCUCUUGCCUCUCACUAUCGCCAACAACUUUGAGCCCGAGGUCCUCUUCUGCGGCGGCACGACGGCCAACCUCGACAUCAACCCGUCGCAGCUCAGCGCCAAAGCGCCUGCGAGCAAGCAGUGUUCAAGGAUGAUUUUGAACGCGGCCGGCCUGCGCAAGGGCUGGCAGACCGAGAACAUGCCGUUCCCUCGCGUCAUGGGCGACGCCAUCCUUACGCCCGACGGCAACGUGCUCAUCGUCAACGGCGCUCAGGCUGGCAUCGCCGGCUACGGCAACGUCAAGGACGAGAUCGGCGCCUCGAACGCCCGCUCGCCCGCCAAGGAGCCCCUCCUGUACGACCCAGACGGCGUCAAGGGCAAGCGCUUCACGCGCGGCUUCCCGAACGCGGGCAUGGAGCGCCUAUACCACUCGGUGGCGACGCUCCUUCCCGACGGCCGCAUCUUUACCGCCGGCUCGAACCCGAACGACGGCGUCUCGACCAAGACGUACCGCACGAGGUACAACGUCGAGAUGCUCUCGCCGCCCUACAUGUCGAUGAAGCGCCCGUCGUUCUCGGCCCAGCCGGCCAAGAUGGCGUACAAGAAGAACUACGUCCUCACGGUGUCGCUUCCCUCGGGCACCAAGAAGGUCCAGGCGUUCAUCAUGGACCUCGGCUACUCGACGCACGGCGUCCACAUGUCUCAACGCAUGGUCGAGCUCGCGUGCACGCUCAAGGGCAACAAGCUCACCGUCACGGCGCCCAAGACGACAGGCAUCUUCCAGCCUGGCCCCGCGUGGCUGCACCUUCUUGCCGACGGCGUCCCGUCCAAGUCGACCAAGGUCAUGAUCGGCUCGGGCGCGUCGCCUCCUGUGUCGCAGAGCGCGAUCAGCAACAUGCUCAAGCACACCAAGGGCUCGAACUAG